GUCUCGAACUAUUCAGAUUGCAUUCAAACUUCAAGAAGUGAUGAGAAAAAAAUAGAUAAAUAAAUAAAGUUGUAGAACUCAUUGGAAUACUAGAGGAACAGAGGUAAAACGACAUUGCAGAAAUUCAACGUUCACUCUGUUUGGGUAAAUCUUUGGGGGAUUGGACUACAUCCCGUAAGGCGCUUCGUUUACCAGUGUAGAGUGAAGGGGGAAAUAGGUACUGAAGAUCUAAAGAAAAUAAAUAGAGGGAAGAGGGAAGAUAAAAAGUGAGUGUAGUGUGACGGAAGCGACAAAAAAAUGCUCCUGCGGAAGUAAAAUAGUGAUGUAACGAUUAAAAAAAGUUUUUUAAAAUAAACUGUGACACGAGAAUAACAAAAACAAGAACUAAAAUAAUUUUUCCAUUAGAUCGAAGCUUUAAAAAAAAACUAGCCUGUUGACUUUACGGUCUGUCCAGACCCCGUGUUUGAGGUGUCGUCAUUGGAUAUUACGAGCGUAAAAAUACGGAAGUGGAAGUGAAUGGUGAAGGGUAGAGGGCAUGACGUGCCGCGUCACGUAGAGUUACAGAGACGCGGGGAUUUUCGCUGAGGGCUCCCCCCCUCAGUUUGUUGUAAAAAAAAGGGGGGAUAUCGGGGUGGAGAAAAAUCGCCGAGGGCGAGAUGCAGCAUCACGGGAAUCAGCAGCGACGUAUCCUCGGCCCCGCCCUCGUACUCCUGACAAUUCAAACGAUCGCACUAGUACUGGCAGGUGACCAAGAGAGAAACGUGUGGUACGAUGAGGCAACGCGGGAAAUCGAGACAAGGAUACGUGCAGCAGCGGCCUCGAGUGCCACUGGUACAACACCACCAGUUGGUGAAGCACGAGGGGUUGUAUUCUUUGUUGGUGAUGGUAUGGGUAUGAGUACACUCACCGCAGCUCGUAUUCUCUCUGGUCAGCGUAAAGGUAACACUGGCGAAGAGACCCGCCUCAUCUGGGACGAAUUUCCAGCUAUUGCACUAGCGAGGACUUACAAUAACGACGCUCAGGUCGGUGAAUCAUCGGCGUGUGCAACAGCUCUGGUCUGCGGGGUCAAGGCCAAUUACGAGACCGUUGGACUAGACUCAUCAGCAAAGUUCGACAACUGCCUCUCAAGUCAAACCGCAAGGGUACCGUCUAUUGUGCAGUGGGCGCAGGAGAGAGGCAAAUCCACAGGCCUAGUAACAACAACUCGAGUGACCCACGCCACUCCGGCGGCUCUCUACGCUCACGCCUCCAGUAGAUACUGGGAGGACGAUGGAAAAGUGCCUUCAGCCGCUAGAAUCAGUUGCAAAGACAUUGCUAAGCAACUUGUUGAAGACGAGCCGGGUAGAAACUUAAAUGUGAUUCUCGGCGGCGGCAGGAGACACUUCGUGUCUAAAGUCACGCCGGACCCUGAGGAUCCUGACAAGGAGGGAAGACGAUUGGAUGGGCGAAAUCUCAUUACCGAAUGGACAAAGAGUCAUCCGGAGCCCAAUUCUAAGUAUGUGUUCUCCAAGGAGCAGUUUGAUGAUGUUGAUCCUAGUCGGGUGGAUCAUUUGCUAGGUCUGUUUGCCUAUUCCCACAUGGACUUUGAGGUAGAUCGCAAUGCAUCCGGCACUGGUGAUCCAUCACUCACUGAAAUGACGAUAAAAGCACUGAGGAUACUCAAGAAAAACCCUAAGGGAUUCUUCUUGUUUGUCGAGGGUGGAAGGAUAGAUCAUGCUCAUCACUAUAAUAAUGCUUAUCGUGCACUGGACGAGACACUGGCAAUGGAGGAGGCAGUGCAGGCGGUCAAGAAGGAGGUCGACCUCACCGAGACGCUGCUGGUAGUCACGGCUGAUCAUUCCCAUGUAUUGACACUGGGAGGACUGGCUACACUGCGGGGAAAUCCAAUUUUCGGCUCCGAUAGCAAAAAGUCGGACGUGGAUGGGAAGCCAUACACAACCCUGUUAUACAGCAACGGUCCGGGUCACACGGAGCCACGAUCCGUCAUGCGGGAGGCUAGCAAGGAUUCUAUUCAGACAGCAGGGGUCCCUCGCUCCUGGGCGACCCACGCCGGCGAGGAUGUCCCGGUCUUCGCCAUUGGACCCCUCGCCAACAUUCUAUUCUCCGGUAGCAUCGAUCAGAGCUACAUACCCCAUGCUAUAGCCUACGCCUCGUGUAUGGGUAGACACGCCAGUCGAUGUUCCCGAGACUCAGCCAUAAUCAACGAAACAAUAAUGGCACCGAUAAGCUGUCCCUCGGCCGAGCCCAACAGUGCAGCAAUAUCCAGUGACGUGAUGAACGAUCAAGUGAGAAAUCCACCGAGCAACUCAAAUGCCCAACGGAUCACUCCACUUGUUAUCAGUCUCGUAAUCACAAUCACUGUCUACGCGACGAGUUAAUGUUCAAUGAAUACCUGAUUAUUUUUUUGUACAAAGUACGUUUCAUAGACUCAAAUUGUGAAUUCGAUUGAGGGAUUCAGACGGAAAUCCGCGGAUUUAUAGGGGAUAGAAAGUUUUUUAUGGCUCGUGGGUAGUGAAUAAAUAUGAAUAAGUCGGGGAAGCGAGGGUAGUUGGGUCAUAUCGAAUUUUAAGACUUCGGACAACAGCUUGAGGGUGGAAUAUCGGGUGUGGAAGGAGUUUUCUCUCGAGAAAACCCGAGAAAUCUUGGAAACCACUGCAUUCAUCGAUAAAUGUCAAAAAAGCUUUUACGUAGUUCAUGAAAUUCUCCAUAAAAAUGAUUUUUUGGUAUUUUUUGGUCGAUCCAAUAGAUUCUGAGAUUUUUCGAGGUUUAUCUCCCGUGCCCCAUUCUAC